AUGAUUCAGAUGAGACACAUUCGGUCGAUUCAUGCUUCAAUGAACACGAGUCCGGAAAGUUUCGUAUGUACCGUGUGUAGGGCGCCUGUUGGAAGGGAUCGUAAUGAUUUCAUAUCACAUUAUAAAUGCGAUUGGCAUCGACAUAAUCUUCGACGAAUCAUGCAGGGUCGUCCACUAUUAACUGAGGAGGAAUUAGAACAAAACAUAUCAAAUGAUAAUGAAGUCAGUUCCUUGGAUACGGAAAGUGACAAUGAAGUUCUGCCAUUUUCUAGUGGGUCUCAUUCUUAUUUUAUAUGCGACGGAAUGGUAUACUCUAUAUACCGAUGUAUCUUAAAGGAAAGUGAGAUGGUAUCGGCAGACUUGUUCUCACGCCCACUGAAUUGUGCGAUUUUGAUGCUCUCCGGAGGUCAUUUUUGUGGGGGCAUUUUCAGAAAUAACCAGCUAAUAAUACAAAAGAGUUUCCACCGAUAUGUCGUUCGAGCAAAACAGGGAACAACACAGUCUCUGUCCGAUAAUCGUGGACGCGCGGCUAAAAGUGCUGGAGCGCUCAUGAGAAAGUAUAAUGAAAAAGCUUUGAAGAAUGAAAUUCAGCGCUUAUUAGCAAGUUGGUCGAAAUUAUUGGAAGAAACUGCAUUAAUUUUUUUGCGCUGUUCAACUUUGCAACGACACAUUUUUUUCGAAGCAACGAAAGGUGCAGAACUAUUGGAUAAAAUGGAUAAGCGGAUGAGAACGAUUCCAUUCGAAACGCGUCGACCAACAGUAGAAGAGUUACAGCGAACAUGGUCAAGGUUGAAAAUUGUUCGCUUCCAUGGUUCUCUGGAUGAUUUUAAUAAUGACUUAGAAAGACGAAUAAAAUUAAGGAAGAAACAGAGACGUAUCUUUCGGAAAAAGAUAUCACAAAGGUCAAGCCAUCUCUCUGACGAAUUCUCCGAAUCGGAUGUAGAUGAUAAUUUUAGAAAUCAGAGAAAUAAUUCGCAGCGCAUUGAAGUGGUCAAUGACAAACUAAUUGAGAAAACUGUUUCUAAGCAAGGGGAAAAAAGCUGUGGAGGUAAUGUGAUUUUGGAUAAAGUAGAUGCACAAGCAGUAUAUUGUGCUAUUCGUUUAAAUUCUGUUCCGAAAUUACGCCAAUUAUUGGAAAUGAAUAAGGACAGAAUAGAUGAUUUUUUAAAAUACAUUCGUGAAAUAAGGUUUCCACCAGCAGAGUCUACUUUUCUACACAUUGCUUCAAUAAGAGGUACCGUGGAGAUACUAGAAGAGCUAUUACUACUAAGAUGUGAUCCAGCAUUAAAAGAUGGCGAGGGAAAAGUUCCUUUUCAAGUAGCUCAGAGUAAAACAGUUCGCCAAGUUUUCAUGAAAUUUCGGUCAGAGCACCCUGAUGCUUUUGAUUGGAAUAUGAGUCAGAUACCAGAAUUAGUUAUUUAUACACAAGAACAGUUAGCAAGAGAAGAAGAAAAAAAAAAGAUUCAGCGAGAAAAAAAGAAACAGCGGAAUAAAGCCAAGAAAGCAGCCAAGUAUUUAGAGAAAAAAGAACAGGAACAACGUCAGAUUUAUCUAGCACUUCCUGAUAGUCAAAAAAGAGCUCUUGUUGCAGAACGACGACUUGCUGUCUCAUUACAAAAAUCUUGUCAAAUUGUUGAAAAUGAUGGUAAUCGUUGUUUCAAGUGUGGCGUAGUAUUGGAUUCGCAACCUUUUGAAUAUUGUAAUAAUUGUUUUUGCUCACUUCCGUGUUUACAAGAACAUCGAAAGGAACAGCCGCUUCAGCUCUUAUUUUCAUUGAAUGUUUCCUGA